AUGGUUACCCAUAUGUUGGGAAACAACCUGGUAGUGAUGUUAGGACAGCUUAGGGCGGCAUUUGGUGGGUUCCACGACUCAAGCGAUGGGUCCACAAGCAGAUCAGUUGAGGAGCCAUACUUUGAGAACAUGAUUCCAGGCGUUGAUGAUGAUAACACCACAAGCAACGUUGGAUACGCGUUCUACGACUCGUUCAUCUCGCGACUCUACCUCUUCACAGACAGCCCAACCAGGGAUUCAAAUCAGUUGAGCACGAUUCUGACACGAAUCUGUGGGUCCAGUAAGAACAAGAACAGCAACAUCGAUGAUACUGACGUGGAAGCAACAUUUGUAUCGGUUCUAUCAGACUUGCACAGCAACCUCGUUUUCUCAUCAAACAGCACGAGAAUGAGCAAUAGAAGGAGGGGCUCAAAUGACAAGGGCGAGAAGCUUGAGCGAUUCAUCUUCAACCAGGAUUACGACAUUCUGAAGAACUUGUUCUACGAGGCAGACGCCUACAACGGAAUGAUGAAUUCGGACAAGAAGCAGGUUGCAAUCCGAUUCGUCCAGUACUUCCUGCGCAGGUACGACGUAUUCAUUUCGAAUGAGAUUCUUCACAUGAAGAACCCAAGUCUGCCAGAAGAGGAGUAUAACUACCUGACUCUGAUUCCAGGAGACGAUGUCAAAUACUACAGCGGUGAAUUCACCAUUUUCAAGCGAAUUGUGAGGUCUCCAAUUUACGAGAAGUAUACGACUGCAUUCAUCGAGACACUGCUGGAGCAGCUCAAGGAGGCAAUGACAUCCGAAGGCGAGGUGAAGAUCGGAUUUGACACGCAGUCGCUCUACUACGUCGUUCUGAAGAGCUUCUUGGAGGAGUCAAAGGAGGUGAUGACCACUUCGGGAGACAACGUAGAUGGAUUCGUUUCAAACAUGUCAAAGAUGUUCUUCGGAAACAUGUACAUUCCAUACACAGAACAGACUGCAUCCAACAAGACGCUUCUCGUUGGUGUUUCAGGACUGAUUGAUCCAGCAAACGUAGACACCGACUUGAAGAAGUACAUGGAAUAA